AUGGACAACCACUUCCAGUCCGAAGAACACCCGACGAGGAGUUCCAACCUGGCGGAGGGAAUCUAUAUGGGCAAGUUGAUGGACUCAGACCUCAACUUUGUGUUGUCGCCAAAUGGAUUGUUUGUGACAAGAGCAGUCGGACGAUGUGCCGACGAAUGGCAACCAGAAUUCCUCAUGGCUUGUCAUGGAUUGCCAUGGGAUGAUGCAAGCUCACGAAAGUUUGGUCCCACGACCAAAGUCGACAAGAAGAGAAGCCUGGAAAACCGAACCUUUCCUGGACUACAAGAUGACGAGGCCAAAGCAGUUGAAGAGUACGCACGACGUCGAGCAGAAGAAGCCUUGGCAAAACCUUUCGGUGAGCUCGAAGGAAGUGAUGAGGAGUACCUUGACGACAAGGACUUGAAGGACAAGCAGAAGAAAGAGACUGAACUCAAGAAGCCUGGUGAUGGAGAACGAGAACAAGCAGUUCCAUACACGAUGCCGAGCCAGACCCGCAACAUGCAGGAGGAGUUCGUGAUGAACCUCAAGGCGGACUACAUCCUCAAGUUCCUCAACAACCUGUUGGACCUCAACAUCCUCAAGGAGAACUUCGACCUCAUGGUGAACUUCCUGGAGAAGAACCUCCCACGAAGAGUGCACGAACGGGUCAAGAAAGCAAAGGUGGAAUUUUCAGUGGCAUUCAAGAAGGGCCUUCUAGAUGUGGCUUUGGACGACCACGGGUUCGUCGAAGUGGACGAAUACCCUUUGGUGGACCUCAAGGACUGGGGCGAGUUCAAUGAAGUUGACCUGGAGCAGGAAUCUGAAGAAGCUGGACCUCCAGAUGUCUCUGAAGAGAUGUUGACGCAGUUGGAGCUGGAGGCAGAUGAACGGCUUUGA